CCUCGCCACCCCUUGCUGUUUUCCAGAUCCCCCAGGUUGGCAGGAUCUCCUCUCCCCCACCUCCCCCUCCGUUUUCCCCCCACACGUCCACAGACACAGCCUGUGGCCUCCCUCUCCCCUGUGUGAUCCCUUGACCGGAUUGAAGCAGACACCAUGAGCUUCAAGGAGAAGGUCAAGAAGUGGGGCUACCGCAAGGCCGGUAAGCCCUACUCUUCUCAUCCCAACACGGCCCCAACCAUCGAGUUCCAGGCCCUGGAGAUGAUGACUGAGCGCAAGCAGGUUGUCCUGGGCAAGCUCAAUGAGGAGGUCCGGAACUUCCUCCAGUCGCAGCGCUACCGGUCCAAUGCCCUGCCGGACCUGUCCAACCAGCCGGGCCCCACCCUGCUGGGCCGGAUGAUGAUCAACUGCGGCUGCGAGCUGCCGGAGGACUCCAACUACGGCAACACCCUGAUCAAGGCCGGUGCGGCCAUGGAGCGCGUCGGCCAUGUGAUGGCCGAGCAGGAGUCCAUCAUUCGCGAGCGCUUUGUCCGGCCCCUGGUCAAGGUGCUGGAUGAGGAUGUCCGCCUGUUCGAGCACGAGCGCCGCAAGCUGGACGACCGCCGGUCGGAGUUCGAGUCGGCCCAGAACCACCUGAACGGCCGCCGCCACGACCUGGACGCCGAGACCAGCAUGAUCACCGCGCGCAAUCGCUAUGAGCAGUCGCUGCGCGUGCUCCAGGACACCAUGCUCCGGAUUAACAUGCGCGAGGGCGAGGAAAUCGAGUCGACCCGCAUCUUUGUGGAGACCCUGCGCGAUGCGUAUGCCUUCGCCGCGCACAUCCUGGACGAUGCGCUGCCGACCCUGGACGACCCGGAUGUCCGCGGGCCGCGCAUGUACCGGCCCCUGGCCCAGAUGCCGCCGGAGACGCGCAUCCGCCUGACGGCCGCCUCGCAGACGGCCCCCUACCAGCUGCAGAUGCCAUCCAACAACAGCUAUGUCUAUGCUCUGGAUGGCCCGACGUCGCCGCUGCGCCCGCUGGCCUCCUUCGAGGGGAUGCCCUGCGCCGAUCGGGCUUGCCCGCAAUAUGGCGUCCCCCACAGCUCGGUGUACCACCUGCCGGACCCGGCUGCCCACUUGGCCCUGAGCGAGCCGCUGGGCGCCGGCAUGGGCAGCAGCGACCGCCGUCGGUUCCUGCACCGGAGCCGGCACUACUUCCGCAACCCGAAUGUCGACCCGAACUCCGGCGAGGGCAGCAGCUCGCCGCGGGCCUUCCGCCGGUCGAGCUCCUCCUCCGGCGGUAGCUACGGCUCCUCCUCCUCCAGCAGCGGCCGUCGGACCUCCACCAGCGACAUGGUGGACAAGCAUGGCAUCAUGCCGCCGCCGGCGCCCUACUCGCCGACCGUGCCGUUUGCCAGCAUCCCGGGCACCACCGCCGGCAUGAUGGCCGGCGAUCCGAACUCCGCCGGCAUCACCUACGAGGGGAUCGGCCAUGCAUCCAUGCUGGCCGGCGGCAGUGCUCCCACCUCGGCUCGCGGCGGCCGGAUGGGCCACCACCCGCACCACCACCCGCACCACCACCCGCACCACCACUCGCACCACCACUCGCACCAUGGCAUGGAGCCGCCCCUGUCGCCGACCUUCGACCGGCACAUGGCGGCCGGGUCGAUCCCCAUGUCGGCCGGCCACUCCGGCAUGCGCCCGGCCCACGGUGACACCUACAGCACCAGCAACACCAUCCCCGGGCACCCGACCAUGCGCGUGCACAGCGCGGUGACCGACGCCCCGGCGCACAUUCCCCUGUCGCCGUACGGGGCCACGGCCAAGUAUGGCGGCGUGUCGGGCGAGCAGGCGUCCAUGGCCACCCCGGCCGGCGGCCACCACCACCACCGUCACCACCACCACCAUGGCGGCCACAAGCACCACCAGCAUGAGCACCACUCCAUCCACUCGGCCGGGGGGGAGAUCAUCCCGGUGCACUACCAGAAGCCCAUCGGUGCCGGGCGCCGCGUGACCCGGUCUACCAGCAGCAUGAGCGGCACCAGCGCCCAUGAGCAGCAGCACCACCACCACCAGCACCAACUCCACCGCGGGGGCUCGAUGCACGGGCGCCCGGCCGGGGAGAUGAUCGUCGGCGGGGACCCCACCCUGAUGGUGGACAACAUCAGCAUCAGCGGCGGUAGCCUGCAUGGGCGCCGCCACGCGGGCAGCUCCUCCGGGAGCAUGUCCCGCCGCCGGGACCUGUCCAAGGACAUGGACAACAUGCACCUGCACAGCCGGUCGGCCAGCACCGGCUCCGGGGCCGGCGCCACCGGCAACCACUAUGCCCACCACCCGCGCUACCAGGUGGAGGAGUUCUCCGACGAGGACCUCGACGAGGUGCUGGAGAUGGGCGACUUCUCCGAUGACGAUGACGACAUCACCGGGGUCAUCCAGUUCGAGCAGCAGCACUCCAACACCGGGGCCACCCUGUCCUCCACGCGCAUGGCCGCCCGGUCGGACAGCGGCAAUGUCAUGUCGGUCUUCAACGAGACCAAGGCCUUCGACCCGGAGUCCGGCGCGCACUUCACGCACGACGAGUACAUCCAUGCCAGCACCGGCGCCGGGCGUCAUGAGGACUCCUCGCGCGAGAACAUCGUCAUGAUGGUCAUGGCGGCCGAGCAGCGCGAUGAGGAUGCCGAACACAUGGGCGGCUCCUCGGCCGCCGGCUCCGGCGGCAUCCGCGGCGGCAAGCAGCGCCCCGCCGGUUCCUCCAACACCCGUUCCAGCCGCAACGGCCAGGGAAAAGUCGCGCGUGAUGGGCUCACUUCCUCUAAGGGCACCAGUUCUGCUUCUGGUGGAGUCCCAUCACUGCACAACACCCUUAAGCAGCAGCAGCAGUCGUCCUCGCACAUGAUGGCCGGUGGCGCCUUUGAGGAGUACGAGUCCCAGCACAUGUCGCAGCACCACCACCAGUCCCACGCUGGCGGAGCCGGCAAGGCGCAGCACGGUGGCAAGGGAUCGGCCGCCCGCAUGGGCGCCGGCCCGGCCGCCGGUCGCGACUUCAAGCUCCAAGGCACCGCCAGCGGGGAGAGCCCGAUCAUGACUAACACCGUGAUCGUGGACUCCAGCGCCGCGCCGGCCAGCUUCGAUGGCGGCAGCAUGCACCACCACCACCAGUACCAGCAGCAGCAGACCAACAAUUGGUCCUCCUCGCGGUCGGGCGGCGCUUCGCGCUCCCACGGCUCCCGCCGCACCACCAGCGGCAGCGCCCACUUGGCCGACUCCUACCACCAGGGGGGCUCCGCCUCCUCCUCGAGCAUGAUGAACCAGCGCUAUGAGUUCUCCCCAUCCGGCACCUCGCGGCACCAGCAGACCGGCGGCUCGUCGUCCAUGCGCGGCGGCAGCGGCGGCCAGCAGCACUAUGCCGCCGCCCGUGGAGGGAGGUCCUACGACCACUAUGACACCAUGACCGGUGACCAUGGCGGCGGCGGCGGCGGCGGCGGCGGCCAGCACCAUCCCCAGAUGUCGGCCGAGGGCCAGGCCCUGCGUGAGGCUCUUCUGGAGCAGGUCCGCAGCCACCCCUUCUCGCAUGAUGAUCACCAUUGAGUGUGGUGCAGGCGGGGGAGAGCCGGCUUGGUGUGUUCGUGCCGGAGCCGCGCGCCGCCACGGCGGCUGCUGUAGCCCCCCCCCCCUCUGGAUGUGAGAUAAGGGCGCAUGUGUGCGGGGCGCGCCCCGCGCCAUGUGCGCGUGGCUAUGUGGAGAAGUGCACACGGGGGACCACACGUGUGUCCGUGUGCGACCCUGUCGCGUGCAUGCGCCUCUCCCCCCCCCCCUCCCGCAUCUCCCUCUCCCUGCGCCUGUGCUUUCCCCCCUCUACCAAGGGGGAGAGAGCGGCAGAGCCGCGCGGGGGGUCAUGUGUGUGCGGAAUGUGGGGGGGCGAGAGGGAGAGACAUUCGGCGCGUGUGCGUGCGAUGCACCGUGAAUGUGCUUUUUUGUGUGGCACCAGGGGAGUACCUCGGCCCGGGGAGAAAGACGCGGAAGAUGAGCAGGGGAGCGGUGGGGAGGGGUGCUGUGUGCCCCCGAGAUGUGGCGGACCUCCCUCCUCCAUCCCCCCCCCCCUCUUCCCUCUCUCCCUCUUGGGAGAAUGAGCGAGAGAGAGGGGGUCGAAAGACAACAAAGAGACGGGACGUCCCUCCACGCUGUGGCAGACGACAAGAGGGCCGUGCGCCUUGUGUGUGUCUCGGUGCCGCGUUGUGGGAGGGGAUUGCCCCCCCUCUGCCACCCUUUUUUCCCCUCUCCAUCUCGCCCUCUCGAUGUCGCGCGCAUGUACGGCCCCCUCUGCUGUCCUCCUGUGUGAGGGCGCGCGCGCACCUCACGUGUAAAAAUAAAUAUGUGUUGCAAGACGA